CCCUCCUCUCCCGUCUCUCUUCCCUUGACGCUCAUUUUUGUUGUCUCUCUCUCUCUCUCUCGUUCUCUCUCUAUCUCUUUCUCUCUCUCGAUCACCCUCUCUAAUCGUCUGUAAAUUGUCGAUUCGGUCAUCUUCUCCGUCCCGAGCUCUGAAAGUCUCGUCCUUUUUUCCCGAUUCGGGUUCUCAAGAUAUUUUUUCUUGGAUUUUGAGAGCUGGAAUUGGGAAAUUAGCAUGAGCACUCAGAUGACCAAAACUCCUCUAAGAGGAUAUCGGCGUCGAAAAACAACACUGAAUUUAGACCUUAACAAUGAGCCGCCAGUUGAAAACCGGGAUCAGGAAGGUACUUCAACUCAAGUUGUGUCUCAGCUAGUGGAGGAUAGCCACCAGGGGCAACAACCCGUGCAGCAUGCAACAAUUGAUGUUGAGGCCAUUGAUGAUGAUGUAGCCUUUUCCUCACCCAGGGCAUUUGCUGAAGCGAAAAACAAAUCCCGGAGGAAUCAGUCAAGGAACGUCAUAAUUGAAGUAGAGUCGGAUGAACAUAACACAAGGCGUGCCCACAAUAACUCUAAGCGCAGAAGAUUUCCUGCAAAUCAAGAUAGAAACUGCGGUCCCUACAUAAAUUUGGAAAGCAGUAAUAAUUAUGUGACAGAAAAUGUGGUGAGUCCACCACCGCCGCAGCCACCAAAGGAGCCAACAUUCAGUUGUCCAAUCUGCAUGGGCCCAUUAGUUGAGGAGACAUCUACAAAAUGUGGUCAUAUUUUUUGUAGAGCCUGCAUUAGGCAUGCAAUAAGUACGCAGGCUAAGUGCCCGACAUGUAGGAAGAGAGUCGUUGCGAAAGAUCUCAUCAGGGUCUUUUUACCUGCCACCACAAGUUAAAGUCGUGCUGAUGCUUUGAGAGACGAGGAAUGGCAAGAGUAAUUUUUGACAUCAGUUGAAUUAGAUUUUUCUCAGAUGGGAAAUUCUUGUACAGGUUGAUCUGAUAUACCAAUUGCUGAUGGUUAUCAUAUGAGACAUCAAUAUUAAAGCUUAUAAUGAGAUUCAUUGUCUGGGAUUAGUUUUCACUGUCAAGGGACUCUUUAGUCUCUUAAUUUAUAGUUCAAGAGACGGGAUGAACAUCAGUUCGUGUAUAUUUUCCCUUUUUUCGGCUAGAAAUUCGUGUAUGUUUUCAGAUAAGAGUAUUGUGCAACCUGACUCUCGGCAUGGAAAAUGAACAACAGAUAUUUGGCCUGUA